AUGUACUUUAUUGGUUCAAAGAAUGAGUUGUGUCGGGUAUUAAUUGAGUUACAGAAAAUCGUUCUUGAACCCGCUUGCUUCGACAUAUUUGAAAACAAAGAAUACAAAAGAUGUGAUCAAAUUAAACUGGUGAUGAACGCAAGGCCAUUUGAAUACAUUUUCGGAGUUGGUCACGUGUAUGAUGGAAGAAUGACAAAAUUCAAAAAGGAAACUAAGUUGGACCUUGAAGUCUUCUAUGACAAAUACACAUUGCAUUACAUCAUUGCGCUUGCUGAUAUUCAGAAACGGUUGAGAGACACAAUCCAGUUGGCAGUGGAAAACUUUAGCUUCUCAUACCAUGAUUAUAAUGAGUUAAAUAGGGAAAAGAUUCCAAUUAGUGUUGAUGGAAGGUCUGGAUUAUUGGAAACGUUUAAGGACAAAUCGAAGCUUCCAGUUGAGAAAGUCCCAGAGGACGUUCUAUGGGAGAAAGCACUUGAUAGUAUGUCAUAUGAAGAAGCACGUAGUUCCAUUGUACAAGCACUCAGAGAGAAUAGCAACAGUUCUUUAUUGCACAUUAGAGCAUGCAAGUUAGAAAAAUCAAGCGAAUCUCAGUAUGAGUGGAUUAAACUGGCUCUACUCAAUGAUAAGCUGGACAACCGAAUGCAAAUGUUGAUGUACGCAAAGAAAAAGUGUCGCCCUCAUACAUAUAGAAAAGUUUUGAAAGAAGGGAACUAUUGAUCCAAUACGAGAAUAUUGGACGCUUCCACGGACACUCACAAAAACUUCAGAUCUACAUGGAUCAUCUAUUGUCAAAAGUCACUUUCACGAAUAAUGCUGAAGGAUUCUGGAUUGAUACUAUUAACCUUGCGAAAGAGAAGAAAGCUGAGAUAUCUGGCAGACAAAUGUGUAUUCAUGCGAUGACUCAAUAUAUGGGAUCGUCCGGGUUUGAGACGUUCAGCGAUUUGUUCGAUAGAUUAUUCGCUCUGGAAAGCUCUACAAAUGACAUGAAUAAGUUCAUUCUUCUGAGAUCAUUACAGACGUUUGAGAAUGGGUAUGGCGGAAAGUGGCAACAACGCCGGCAACUAGUUUAG